AGAAAGGGGGAGCGUGGGGGCCCUUCCCGGCCGGCGGCGUCGUUUCCCAGGACGCGCAUGCGCCCGGCCGCCAUUCCUCUGGCCGAGCGGGCGCGGGCGGCAGCGGCGGGAGCGGCAGAUUCGGCUCCGCCAUGGCGGCUCUCUUGGCGAGGAAGGUGAUGGCGGCCGUCGGCGGCCCCCUCCGCCUCCUGAGCCGGCAGGCGACGACGCGGCCCCCCGCGCUCGGGGCCGGACCCUGGGCGGCGGAGCCGGGCGGGCCGCGUCCCGGCGGCGACCGCCCGCUCUUGUGGCGCGCUCCGCUCCCCGCCCUGCGGCCCGCCGCCCUGGGCUUCAAGACCAAGGGCGUCCUGAGGAAGCGGUGCAAGGACUGUUACUUCGUGAAGAGGCGAGGCCGGUGGUUCAUCUUGUGCAAGAGCCACCCGAGGCACAAGCAGCGACAGAUGCAGUAGCCGUCCCCGCCCCGGACGCGGACCCCGGCCCCUCCGCUCGCCGGCGCGGAUCUCCGUCCCGCCGGCGGCGGGCCAAUAAAAAGGGAGAUGUCCAAUCCUG